GUCAACCAUCCUCACCAAGUCAAUGACACAACACAACAUCAGCCCUCGCAGCAUCCGCAUCUCACGGCCAAGGAGGACCAGGAGCACAUCUUCAUCUAAGCAUCCAUUCCACAACUGCCUACCAUCGUCUGCGCACCGCCGACACCAGGCUGUUCGUCCACCGCUUGCUUUUUUUUUUUUGCCUCGGCUCGGAUUAUUUUCUUGGUUGCAUUUCUAUUCUCUGAGAUGGUUAUAUGCUUUUAACGCGUCUUGUGAGGAAAAACAGGCUCGGGACGCGGAGCAUCGUCGGUACAGCGCAAUUAUAUUCUCAUUGAGCAGGAAAUCUGUGGCCAUCAGGAGACGCACACAGAGAGCUGAAAUCCAACAGAGUCGGUUUCAGUCGAAGUGAUUUUGAUCCCCUCAGAGAACUGCUCACAGGACCAUUUUCUGCCAGGCCUUAGAUGCCCAGCGGCAGCCUGUAGCCCGGGACUCCCAGCUCCCAGAAGCAUAGGCUUUGAGACCCUGAGGAUCUCCCCUGGCAGACCCUCUUCUGACCCAGUGCGGCUAAAGCCCCUGGACGCCUCUCCACAGUCACCAUGGGAACCGUGCUGUCUUUGUCCCCUAGCUACCGAAAGGCGGCCCUCUUUGACGAUGGACCGGCCACUGUGGGCCACUACACAGCUGUUCAGAACAGCAAGAACGCCAAAGACAAGAACCUGAAACGCCACUCGCUCAUCAACGUGCUCCCAUGGAAGCGGAUUGUAGCGGUGUCAGCCAAGAAGAAAGGCUCCAAGAAGGUGCAGCCCAACGGCAACUACCAGAACAAUGUCACCCAGCUGAACAACGAAAACCUGAAGAAGUCACAGUCAUGCGCUAACCUGUCCACCUUUGCCCAGGACCAGAGCACUCCAGCGCUCACCAAGACCUCCAACAACACAGUAUCGUCUGUCAAGAAGGCCCCUCUGACCAACUCCAAUGUGGCCCCCGGGACCCCCAAGAGAGUCAUUGUUCAGGCCUCCACCAGUGAGCUGCUGCGCUGCCUCGGGGAGUUUCUGUGCCGGCGUUGUUACCGGCUGAAACACUUGUCCCCCACUGACCCGGUGCUGUGGCUGCGCAGCGUGGACCGCUCCCUGCUGCUCCAGGGCUGGCAGGACCAGGGCUUCAUCACCCCUGCUAACGUGGUCUUCGUCUACAUGCUGUGCCGUGAUGUGGUCUCCUCCGAGGUGGCCACGGAGCACGAGCUGCAGGCCGUGCUGCUCACCUGCCUCUACCUGUCUUACUCCUACAUGGGCAACGAGAUCUCCUACCCUCUCAAGCCCUUCCUGGUGGAGAGCUCCAAGGAGACCUUCUGGGACCGCUGCCUGUCCAUCAUCAACCUGAUGAGCGCAAAGAUGCUGCAGAUCAACUCUGACCCGCACUACUUCACUCAGGUGUUCGCAGACCUGAAGAACGAAAGCCAGAAGGAGGAGGAGAGGAGCCGCCUGCUCAUCGGCCUGGACCGGAGGGCGAGGGCCAUCGCCUGACUGGCUUUCUUCAUGCAUCACGGACAGACAGGCCCCCCCCCGGCUGCAAUCUCUGGCUCUUUGGAAUGCCAACACCACGUCCCCUCCAUUAAUACGGAUACGACUGGACUUUUUUUGCUGCAAUGCAUAUCUGAAAGAACAGCAGGGGCCAUCGAUGCUGGAUCCAUAUUUUUGUGGCUUUCUGUUUGUGGCUCUACAACAGGACUUAUACUGUACGCAGGGAGACUGGAUGGAUAAUAAACACUGCAGUGUGGGACUUUUGAGAAGGAGGACAACAGCCAGAGGACGUAUGAUGAGUGGUCAUACUGUAUGUUGGAAAGACCUAUUUUAUUUUCAUCUAGAAAAAAAUAAAACAACAAACUAAUGGAUGUUUUACUCCCCAGAGGCUUACACCUAUGGAGGCUUAUUUAUUGCUUUUCUGGAACAAGUUUUCUUUGAUUUCUUUCUUUUUUUUAAAACUUAGAAAUGUAAUGUUUUGCACGUGUGCCAUGCAAUUUUACAGAGUUUGCGGGAGGGAAGGAGCAAUUAUUACUUUUCUUCUUUUUACUUGAUUUGUAAACCAACUGCAUCUGCAUUAGAGAAUGCUGUGAACAAAGUGACACUAGUUUAUUUAGCUCUGCUUGCUAAAAUAGGCUAUUUGUUUACCAGGGAAAUUCUUUUUGUACUUUUGUCGAUUUUUGGAAUGAUGUUUGAUUUUGUGCUUAUGAUUCAGCAUUGAAAAUGUUAACAAAAAAAAAAACAGUGCCAUAUCUUUGAUGAAAAUCCCACAGGUCUGAAAACACUCUGAAAUACUGUACUGUUUGUCCAGCUGUUGAAUGAUGGGAUGGAUUUUCAUCUACUACUAACUACUUACUGACACCUAAUUUAUUGCCAUUUACGUAUUUAUUUAGGCACAUUUAAUGUAAAUGAAAGAUGGCGUUGAGAGACUUUGGAAAGGGAAGGACAUGAGGAGGGGUCGUGCUUAUCUUUGGUGGGAAUGAAGAUUGAUCUGGUUUAUGCAAAUGAAUGUUGCAGGAAUUUAUUGAUGAAUACCUAAUUAAAAAAAACAUUGUUAAAUCUGACCAUCACCAAAGUGACAUCAUCAAGGACACCUUGACCGAACAACACAUCAUUGACUUACAAAAAUGCCCUUAAAAACAUUGUUUAUUCGUGCAACCUGCUGUCCCACAUAUCAGACAGAGACACACACUUCUCCAGGGGAAUAGAUUAUUUCGAUGACACUCGUUCAGCAUCACUGCAGAAAAGCACAGUUUACCUUGAGGAUAAUCCAUCAGCAUCACCUCUGUGUAGAUCAAAAUGUGAGAGGACAUCACAUUCAUCAAGGGGGCUGCGGGAGAUGAGGCGACCUCCACAGGAAUAACCACAUUUUCAAUCAUAGAAACCAGCAGACUUAAAAGGACAUGCUGCAGUGUGCAAUGGCCACGACGAGAACCAAAACAGAAAGCAUGCAGAACAAUUGUAUUGUUAUGUUACCACAGGAGAACAGUAUCCGUAAUAACUGCGAUCACUGGAGAAGUUACAGUAUUUCCAUCAAGAAAUGUAUGACAACUGGUUUUCACACUUUCUUUCUUUAGCAGUGUUCUGGAAAUCUGUCUAAAAAGCAUAAUGGAUUGGUAGUGCCAACGAAAGGCUUCUGUCACGUUUUACAGUUGUUCCCAGAGAAUUGAAGGCUUCUCUGCUGUUGUGUUAGUGUGAAUCAGAGAAAAUGUGCAACCCGUGGCCUCCUCUGCUGUGGGAUUGUGGCUGCCAUGUGGAGAAAGUUCAUUUGGAGUGUUUGUACUGGCACAAUAGGGGGACACGCAAUUUGGAAUGGGCUUCUGUUCUGGCAGGAAAAAAAACAGGGCUUUGGGGUGAAGGGCCUCAAUAAGAGACCCUGAAUCUUCUUCUCUGUCCACUCCCCCCCGACUCACUUGAAAUGUGCCAUUCUUUUCUCCACUUUGCAUCAUUGAGUAGUUGUUUGAGAAAAUACUUUCAAAAAGCUUAUAAAAUAUGAAAAAAGACUCCAGUGAUAGUUAAAGAUUUCUGUCAAAUUCUUUUCUGUAUCUUGUUGCGUACUUUGUAGAUAAAAAAACGAAACAGUGGUUAAGAACUUCAAAAAGGGAGGCAUUCGAUGGCUGCAUGUGUGUGCGAAAGUGUGUGUGUGUGCGUGUGUGAAUGACAGCGUUUUAUUUGUACAGAGGAAUGUGUGACAUGUAGUUUUCUUAUGGACAUGGAGCAUACACCAACCACACUGGUUCUAGGAUUUGGGUGUCGAUGCUGUUCAUUAAAAAAAUUCUUUUUUGAAAAAGACAAAAAAGCUGUUACUGUAAUUGAAACUUUUUUCAGUUAGUUUCUGCUUAUUUUAAUUUAUUUUUGUACUGUGAUGGAAAAAUAAAAUGCACUGAUCGUUCAA